AUGGCAUCCACGACUGCGCUACCUCUCAUGACGACAGUCCCUUCCUCUAAUUCAGAACAUCCAGUACGACCUUCCGUAGUUGGAAAAUCGAAGGAAAAUGGCGUCAAUAUACCGAAUUCAAAACGAACGCAAAAGCCUUCAACUGACCCUAAAUAUUCAUCGUCUUUGAAAAUAGCGUUAGAAACGGUCGCCAGGAACCGACGAGAUUCUUUGGAUGUAUCGGAGAGUGAUAGUUUGGAAGACUAUGAUACCUUGAAACCAGAUCCGAUGUCCAUCAUUACAGGGGGGAAGGGCGGAGGCCUCGAUACAGAUACCGGAACGGCGACAGAGAUUACCAUUCCACAGACAGUGUAUGCGGAAUUGAAGAUUCCGUUCCAACAAUCGCGGAAGGGCGUGGCAAAGCGCAAAAACAUUCCGGUGACUCUCAAGAAGCUCCAAAAGGGCGGGGGAAGGCAUUAUACUUUCGAGACAGAUGAUGCUGAACUACGAGAUCUUCUGAAAGAUACUGUCGCGCAUUAUUCUCAAGACAAAAAGCCAGGACAGCCAAAGCAUAAAAGCAAGUUUAGUGACCUGGUAUUCACUAAAAAGUUCACUGCUUUUGAUCGGCACAAUAACAUUAUUGCUGAAUCGCCUUUCCAUGGGUUUCUAACAUUAGCUUGGCUGGCGUUCGUCGUUUUUGUACUCCAACUUGCCUUCGCAAAUUGGCGAACUCAUGGAAAUAUACUUGGAACGAAUGAAAUUAUGGAAAUGAUGUUCCACCGGGAUGUCAUAGUUCUUGGUCUGUCCGAUGGUGCAUGGGAACUAUUAUACCUCGCUCUAGUGGUGAGCUGGACAUUGUUUCGCGAGUGGCCAUGGACACACACCGUCUUUUUCGUUCUCCACGGACUCGUCAUGAUGAUGAAACAACAUUCUUAUGCUUUUUACAAUGGUUACCUAUCUGAGGAAUAUCAGAGUCGUUUAAAACUUCAGCGUAAAUUAAAACAGCUGGAAAGUAUUUCGCCAGUGCAGACACCUUCUGCGACAACACCCGCCGUUGCCUCAUUAUCUACCUCGUAUCUAGACGCCAGGCCAACCUCUCAUGACGUUCAUCAGAGAAUCUCCCAGCGAACACUUUCUAUUAUGGAAUCUACUAUCGAUCAAGUAGCAGCUGCAGUCGAUUCCUGUGAGCCACUUGACCUUGAUCAAAUCCAGACGUUUGCGCGAAUUCUUAAAUGGGAAAUCGAUUUUUUGAGCAAAGAACUGGAAGGGAAAUGUACGGCCAGCAAAAAUCAGUACCCAAGUAAUCUCACUUUAGCCAACCAUUACGAGUACAUCGUUCUCCCAACUUUGGUCUAUGAGUUGGAAUAUCCUCGAUCCGAUAACAUCGACUGGUAUAACGUUGCCGAGAAAGCCAUUGCGACGGUUGGUCUCUUGAUUGUCAUGAAUUUAAUUUCGCAAACCUAUAUCUAUCCUAUCGUAGUUCAGACGAUCAGGAUGAAAGAAUCAGAUAUGACACCUUACGAACGCCUCCUUAAUUUCCCGGGGAUUGUUAGCGAUCUAGCCUUCCCUUUCCUUGCCGAGUACAUUCUAGUAAGUUGUAACGCAUCAAAAUUCUAG